AUGGUGCGAAUCAAAGGAUGUGUUGCCGGAGGUUGUAGUGGAAGGAACGGUGCUAGAUCUGCAAGUCUCCACCGUUUCCCAUAUAAUCGGCCUGAGAUUUUACGACAGUGGGUGAAAUUCGUGCAUCAAACUCGUAAGAGUUGGAGUGGGCCGACGAAAUGCUCCAUGCUGUGUUCCCUGCACUUCACGGAAGAUUCGUUUCCAUUUAAAUACAGGUUCCUGGAAUCGUGUGGAGAAACUGUGAAGCGAAAGUGCUUGCUACCGGAUGCUGUUCCCACAAAGCGACUAUCAACAACACCCAAACCUGGGUCGGGAACCUCUACGUGCAGUACCCCGAAGAAGCCUAGACGAGCCUUUUUGAAAAGAGAAGUUCAAAGA